GCUGCCAAGGGGGGGGGGCCAAGGGUUUAGCGAAGAUGUGCCGCCUCUCCUUUUUCAACGCCAGCCAAUCAGAACGCCGGGAUGUUCCGGUUUAGCGCCAGCAACCUGCAAUCGUUCAGAACGGCAGCACCUGCCUGCAGGAGCUUUGACAUUGGGCAGCCCGCCCAAAAUAGACGGGAGUGAUGGGUGCACAAGGUCCAGCAGCGUGCUUCGCGGGACGGGCCUGGGGUGACUACGGGCGAGUUCCCACGCCGUGGAAUCCCAAACAUGGCCGUCCAUGAUUAAUUGCCAUUUUCAGAUUCCAACGUGAACUGUCCUGCACCGGUGCAUCUCGAACAGUCUCCCCUUUGUCCCCGGCUUCAAUUGUUGUCUGAUUAGCUCUUUCGCCACCUCAGAGAUCAUGGCGAGAUACCCGCGGUCCUGGCCCGCGCUUGCGGCGCUGCUCCUCGGCCUGUUGACGAUCCAAGCCACCGCGGCGGCCGAUACCAACAGCAGCGCCGUGUCGACGCUCUUCGUCUUCGAGACCAACACGCAGUUCUCCAUCAACGUCCCCGCCGAUGACACAUCUGACGAUAUCAACUUUUUCAUGACGGCGCCCACGUGGUUCCAGUACGUCGCCCUCGGCUUCGGCCGCGACAUGGCCUCCUCCCUGAUGCUGGUCGCCUACCCUGCCACCGACUUUGCCCAGAAGAGUCUCUCGGGGAACGGAGGCGUGACACUCAGUCCGCGAUUCAGCACCGGCGACACGGAACCCGUGUACUCGCCUGACAUCCGCUUCACGCUGCACGCCGGCACGGGCAUCGUCAACGGCAGCAUCCUCGUCAACGGGACGUGCCACAACUGCCGCUCGUGGCAGACGGGCGCCCUCAACCUCGGCGACCGCAACCAGUCCAUGAUCUUUGCGCUCGGCCCCAGCUUGGACCUGACGUCUGACGACCCGGCCGCCCCGCUCAGACGGCACAUGGGCUACGGCUCCUUCUCCGUGGACAUGAUCAAGGCGCGCGGCAGCUUGGGUGGCACAGUGUUCGGCACGCUGCGCAACGCGUCCGACGGCGCCAACCUCGUCGGCUCGGGCCUCCGCCGCGACACCGACAAAGCCGCCACGGCCCACGGCGCCAUGUUCGCGGCCGUCGCUCUGGCCGUCGCCCCCUUCGACACCCUCGUCACCGUCGCGCUGCGGCGCUGGCCUACCCUGCCCAUGCUGUCGUCGCUGGGUUACUUUGCGCUCGUCAUCGGCGCCAUGGUGCCGGGAAUUCUCAUCAGCAAGGAGCACAUUCUGGUGAGUUGUCUUGGCCAUGGAAAUCUGGAGUCUGUUCCCCCAGCUGACAGCCAUGAACAGUCGCAAAAGUUCAACACGCCGCACCAGGUCCUCGGCCUGCUGACCAUCGUGCUCAUGUUCGGCGUCGUCGCGUGGGGCCUCGCGCUGGGCUUUGCCAAGCGCGCGGCCAAGCGCCGCGGCGAGGACCUGUCGCCGCGCAGCCAGACGCUGAGCACGGCGCACACGUGGCUCGGCCGGCUCGUGUGGCUGUUCUUUCUGAUCAAUAACGGCCUGGGCCUCAAGCUGUCGCAGCAGACCACCAUGUUCGUUCUCGGCUACUCGGUCCUCGCUGCCGGCGUCGUCAUCUUCUUGCUGCCGGUAUACUUCUGCAUCUGGCGCUGCACGCGCCAGCCGAAGCCGCCGAAGGAUGGCGACCAGGAGAUGGAUAACAUCUAUACCCGCCACAACGAAGAAUGAAAAUGUUAAUAGUAUGAUGUUGGGUCCUGAUAUUGAUAUUGGCUUGCGCGGCGUUUUGGGGUGUUUCUGUUCCGGAGAAUCUGUGCAGCGGGGACUGUUGGCGAGGAGUUUGUUUUGUGUCUGGAAAUGUUUGCACGCCUGGUAGCGAAACUGGAGUCAUGUUUUUUGUUCGUUCGGGCUGGGGUCUGUUCAGAGUUGUUUGCCGCCACAGCGGCGCGCUCUUGUCGAUUUGUUUAGGUAUAGUUACUUGUAAUUACCUUGGCCAAAAUGAGUUUCACCAUCUA